GGCGAGAGAGAGAGGGGGAGAGAGAGAGAAUGAGAGGUAUAGCUGGUGAAAGAUGCACACACACAGUCUGUGCUGAGAGGACAGCACCUCAUCUCUGGAGAGUGAGAUAGUGACGAUGCACAUUCAGUCCAAGCUGCUGUGAUAUGACGGGUCCACGUCUGAGGUUUAGCCAUGUCUGACUUCAGGUCCAGGGUACGCUGUCGGAGAGCCGGCGUCCGUGCUGCCGCCGCUCUCAUCGGACUCCUGCACCGCUCACGCAAGCGUUGUGAGAGACGGAGAUUGACGGAGACCGAUGGCCAGUGGAAACAGGAGUGUCUGACCAUCUCCAAUGUGCCCCUGGCAGACUGCCCUCCCUCUCCUCCAAGAACUGCCCCUCCCACCAUGAAGUCUACUCAGUUCUUUGAUGCUCUGGACAAGAUGGAGCAGGUUUCUGAGGUGGAGGAGUUGAGGUCAAGCCCACAAAGAGUGAAGGAUGACUACAUUCCAUACCCACGGAUAGAGGAGGUUUUACAGCGGGGUGAACCGUACCCUCAGGUCAUUAUGCCUCAGUUUGGAGGUUACUGGAUAGAAGAUCCCGAGGUCCCUGCCUCCAUUCCACACUGGGAGAAUGGUUACUGUGAUGAGGAAGAUGGAGAGGGAGGGAAUUCAGGAGAGUUUGGGUACAGACUGGAGAGUAACUUUGCCAUUCGUGCGUACCGCAAGCAUUUUCUGGGCAUGGAACAUCUGAACUUCUACUGCACAGCCAGUAACCAUGGCAACCUGGUUCUGUCCCUCAGACACGAAGAGGUGAAGGAGCAGGAGCACCUGCACAUCAUCCUCAGGACUCCAUCGAAGACAAUCUAUGACAGGAUCUCUUUAGCGGGCUUAACUGAGCUCCCCAGUGUCCCUCAGUUAGCCAAGCUGCUAUGCGAAGACAUUAUGUGUCUGAGAUUUAGUCCUGUGCUUUACCCGAAGGGUUCUCAGUUAAUAGUGAACUAUGAUGAGCAUGAGUUAAACAACACUUAUAAGUUUGGCGUCAUCUACCAGAAGUUCGGGCAGACCUCAGAGGAGGAGUUGUUUGGGAACAGUGAGGAGACACCAGCCUUCACAGAGUUCCUCCGAGUGCUGGGAGACUGUGUAGAGCUGCAGGACUUUAAAGGGUUUCGAGGUGGUUUGGAUGUGUCUCACGGUCAGACGGGGUCUCAGUCUGUUUACACUGUGUUUAGGGGGCAGGAACUCAUGUUUCACAUCUCCACUAAACUGCCCUAUACAGAAGGAGACACACAACAGCUCCAGAGAAAGAGGCACAUAGGGAAUGACAUCGUAGCUGCAGUUUUUCAAGAGGACACCACACCUUUCGUGGCUGACAUGAUUGCCUCCAAUUUCCUCCACGCCUACAUCCUUGUGCAGGUGGAGAACCCUGGCACAGAUGACACCACUUACAAGGUAUCUGUCACAGCGCGUGAAGAUGUGCCACAGUUCGGCCCUCCUCUCCCCAAUCCACCUGUCUUCAAAAAGGGUCCAGAAUUCAGAGAGUUUCUGCUGACUAAGCUGAUCAAUGCAGAGCUGGCGUGCUACAGAUCAAUCCGAUUUGCCAAGCUUGAGGAGAGAACACGGAUGGAACUGCUAGAUAACCUUCAUAAUGAGCUACACAAGCACACACAUUCGAUGCUGGGACAACCUCUCAGUGCAGAUGAAGAGAGGAUGGAGAACGGAGGACAUGGAGGAAUACUGGAGUCCAUCAAGCGAGCAAUGCGUGUGCGCAGUCACUCUAUGGAGACAAUGGUGGGCUCUCAGAAACAUGGGCGUCACUCUGCUGCGGGAGGUGGCGUGCCCACCAGCCUAAGUGGGGUCACCCUAACCCACAGUAACACUGAAGCUGCUAAGAAUUCGUCUCCAGUGACAUCGAGCGCUAAAUCUCCUCUUAAGAGUCCAGUGAAGAGACGGUCAGGGCUGUUUCCACGACUGCACACCAGCAUGGAUGGACAGCCAGAGCGCUACACACGGGUCCUGUGUGAUCAGAGAAGUCUGGAUAGCGGUCAUCUCUCACAGGAAGUGCAAUCCAAUCCAAGCUCUCCAGAGAUUGUGAGCAAUGAGAGGUCUUCUCUUAAACUGAAGGAGGGCGGUGGUAGGCCAGAUAUAUCUCGUUCCUCCUCCAGCACCAGCAGCUUCAGCAGUGCUGCAGGAGACCCAGAGCCACUGGAGGAGAAGGAACCUAACAGCCUCCAGAUAUCUCCCAGCCUUUCACCUGUAUUUGGCUCUCUGAGCACUGAGGGUCAGACUGCAGGAACUCCAGUGAUCAUGUGCCGCAGUCCAACAGAUUUCAGGAAUAAGAUGUCACCCAGAUCCAAUCUGAAGUUCCGCUUCGACAGGUUGAGUCAAUCAGCUGCUGGACAUUAACAGAGUGAACAUCAAAGACCAGAAUCAUUGUGAGCACAGUAUGUUACUUCCGGAAGGGGCGUUGCGUUUAUUUAGUAUCUGUCAUGAUCAGAAGUUAUUAUGACUUGCGUUAUAUUCCUGUAGUAAAUAUUUAUUAUUUGGGUAUAUACUAACAACUGACACUGUCCAAUUAAACAGAAAACCAAUGGAUCAGCACAGAAGGUCAGACAUCGUUGGCACUGAGAGAAGGCAAAUUAAAGAUUAGAGAAUUAAAGAUGGACACAUCGCACAAACCUGUGCUCCCAAUCCAACCAUCACAUGAGAAAGCACAUGAGUAUAAGCACACAGUUAGCAUCUUUCCUCCGUGCUUAGAGCUCAGUAAAUGUUCAGCUGGUACUGAUUUGACAUAUUUAUUGAUCUUGCACAUUUUGUGAAAGUCUUGCACUGUAAAAAGAAACAAAUAUUACAGUAUCUUUCCAUUUACAUGGCUUAACAGUUGUCCUCUCGCUGUUGUCCAGAUGUUUUUUAGACUCAUAUAAUGCACAGACUGGCCAUACUAUGGCAAAAAUUGACCACAGCUGAGAUUUGUUAUACAUGUUCAAUAACAAAUGAAUCUAAAAUGCACUGAAUAAUAAACGUAAGCACAUUACCUUUCUUUACAACAAACAUGUGCUAUCCUGAAGUUGGACAGCCCUUGGAUUCCAGCCACUAAUGUGACCCCUGAAACAAAGAGUUGUUCAUAUCAUUUGAAUUAGUAAAAACCUCUGAACUCUGGUUGCACUGGGUAAUUAAUGUGUAUGUAAAUAUUAGAACAUCAUCUACCACUCUUAACUGUAUAUAUGUAUUGUGUAUAUUCAUACAAAUAACAUUGAAAGGAUCAACUUGAACAAUUUUUAUUGUCACAAACAGCUCAAAUGUGAACAUCUGUCAUUCUGUUCUUCAGUAAAAGUAUUUUAGUCUCAAUUGCUUAAGCAAACGAGUUGUGUUUAUUAUUUAUCUUUGAUUGUACUGCUACACGUGUAAAAGUUUCUGUAUGGCAAUGUUGAUUUUGUUAAAUAAAAUAUUGUAUUUUG